GACAGGGCUUGGUGAAGGCGGGGCCGUGGGGAAGGAUCCUUGCGCUGUAAUUGCGUGGGGAGGGGUGGGUGCCUGUCACCACCUACACGCAAUUCCGGUCCUUUCUAACGAGGCCCUUUCUUGCUUGCACUCACCCCCGCGUGGCCCCGGAAUUUGCGCACGACCUGCCCCGAUGCCACAUCCCACAGCACCACUGCCUUGUCCCCGCCGCCGGAGCAGAGACUGCUGUUGUCAAAGGAGCUAGAGAGCAGAGCAGGGAAGAUCAGCGUCUACCUCUGGCCCCGGCCUCAGCGCCUCGGUCCCGCUCUGGCCCCCGGCUCACCCUGCCGCGUCCAGCACCUCGUAGCCGUGGCCGCUGUACGUCCGCAGUAGCGUCCCUCGCAGCGGGCUCCACAGCUUCAGGGUCUUGUCGCUGCCGCAAGUCAGACAGUAAUUGCCAUCCACUGGGGAACACCACGAGGGGGUUACUGGGCCGCCGACUUCAGGAGGCGGAGGUAGGACCCGGAAUGACGAUAAGGGCGCUCACCAUUAAAUCGCACGGCUCGCACCGCCCUCUGCCCGCAGUCCAACGUCUUCAACAGCUUCCGAGGCAGCUCCGGGGCCCGCGGUUUUGGCUCCGGGAAAGCCAUUGCUCCGCACUCCCUUCCUCACCACCGUACAGUAGCCUGCACUGGGGCUUUCUGCCCUGGGAACCCACGCUUUGGUGUAACCUUAUUAUUGUCCUCCAUAGUCUACUUCCUAUUUCUCACUUCCGGGUUCAACGUUUAGGCUUUUUGGAGAAAGCGCUGGAAACACUGAAGCUUGUUUCCAGCGUCUCGGUUUCUUUCCCCACGUCCUGUUUUCUUGGAACAUUUUUGGCUUCUUCGAAUUCUCUGUCCCCUGGAUGGGGGGAGUUCCAGCUCCCGCCGGCAGGAACGGAAGCGCGAGGGCUGAGGGUGUUACUCUAAAAGCCAUCCUCCGUUUCCCUGCUGGAAGCCGCCGGAAGCUGAGACUCCCGCAGCGGAAGAGGCGCGACUCGCUAUGUCCGCGAACAAUAUGUCGGACCCACGGAGGCCCAACAAAGUGCUGAGGUACAAGCCCCCGCCGAGCGAGUGUAACCCAGCCUUGGAUGACCCAACACCAGACUACAUGAACCUGCUCGGCAUGAUCUUCAGCAUGUGUGGCCUCAUGCUCAAGCUGAAGUGGUGUGCUUGGGUCGCUGUCUACUGCUCCUUCAUCAGCUUUGCCAACUCCCGGAGCUCUGAGGACACUAAGCAGAUGAUGAGUAGCUUCAUGCUGUCCAUCUCUGCCGUGGUGAUGUCAUAUCUGCAGAACCCUCAGCCCAUGACGCCCCCCUGGUGAUGUCAGCCUAGAGGGGUCACAUCCCGGACCCCUCUAUCUACCUUACGCCCUAGGCCUGGCCCAUGGCUGCUCAGCCUCCUGCCCUCAGCUGCAGUCCUGGGCUUCCCUGGGUGAGGUAGUCUUGGGGCCUGCAGCUGGAUGGAGGGAACCUGGCCCUGUCCUUGGGAUCCCACUUCGCUGGAGCAGAGAGGGGAAUCUCCUGGGUCUACCCCUCCUGCCUUCCUUCCCCACCCUGCCUGCUGUUGGGGGAGAUACUAUCCGUGUUUCUAGGUGUAUCCACUUAUUUUCUUGUUGAAACCAGUUAAUAAUAAAUUUUUGCAUUCUGGU